AUGGCUUCUCUAUCGUCAGAGCUGACGCCACUGCUGCCUACCACCAAUGGCCUUGCCAACGGGACUCGGUCGUCUUUUAUCAAACGAUGCUCGGCGGUCUUCAAAGCUGAAGGCGAACCCUCUUGGCUUGAUUCUUACAAGUUCUUCCUAUUAGGCAGUUAUCUAAAUGUCCUUCUUUUAUUCGUCCCUCUUUGCGCUACGGCACAUUACCUGAACUGGGAUGCUGGCUUGCGCUUCUCUUUCAGCUUCAUCGCCAUCGUUCCGUUGGCAAAGCUCCUUGGCGAAGCGACCGAACAGAUGUCGUUUAAGCUGGGACAAACCUUGGCCGGUCUUUUGAACGCGUCGUUCGGAAACGCAGUUGAAAUCAUUGUUGGCAUUGCGGCGUUGCUUCAAGAUGAAUUGAUCAUCGUCCAGAACUCUAUGCUUGGCUCUAUCCUAUCCAACCUGUUGUUAGUGCUAGGAUGCUCUUUCUUGGCAGCUGGCACCCGGUAUAACGAAAGCAACUUCCAAGUAACAGCUGCUCAGACUUCCAGCUCGUUGAUGACGCUUGCAUGUAUUACUCUCAUCAUUCCGGCUGCCUACCACUCCGUCAAAUCGAAUUCGGACUUGUUUAGCAUAGGUGGCAGCGCCAGCGAGUCGCCGAGCCUUUCAUAUAUUGAUAAUAGGAUCGAUUUAGAUCCAGCUGGCAUGAAUGGUCUCUUGAUCAUCUCAAGAGGAACCGCAGUAUUAUUAUUGGGUGUUUAUAUUGCAUAUCUAUAUUUCCAGUUGAAAUCACAUCACUACCUUUUUCAGGCAGGAGCCGAGGAAGAGUCUGAAGUAGCUAACAUGAGUGUCGUCUCUGCUGGUACAGCUCUUAUUAUCGUCACCGUGGUGACAUCGUUUUGCGCUGAUUAUCUUGUUGCUUCUAUCGAGGAUUUCGCCAACAUGUAUAAUAUUCCCAAGCCAUUCAUUGGAUUGAUUCUUCUUCCCAUCGUUGCAAACGCUGCUGAGCAUGUUACUUCGAUAUGGAUGGCCAUGAAGGGUCAAAUGGAACUCACGAUUGGUAUAUGUGUGGGAAGCUCGAUCCAAAUUGCAACCUUUGUUGUGCCGCUCUUGGUCAUCGUUGGAUGGAUCUCUCAUCACGAGCUGACUCUAUUCUUCGCUAACUUCGAGACCAUCUGUUUCUUCGUUUCUGUUUUCCUCGUCAACACUCUCAUUCAGGAUGGCAAGUCCAACUACAUGGAAGGCCUCAUGCUCAUCACACUGUACCUCGUCAUCGCUCUUUCUUGUUUGUAUAAUCAUUUUCUUUUGUCAUCUGGUCGCUCAUCCUUGCUUUUUUGACAGUUUGGGUCUCCUAAAUACACAGAUUGGUAGCAUCCCAUACAAACCGUUGAUAUCCUCCUUCUCCACUCUUCCGUGUCUUCGGCGUCGUGAAUUUUCGUACAAACGUACAG